AUGUCCAACGAUGCUUCAAUCACUGUUCGCCAACUAUGGGGACAAUUGAGCACACCGGCUGCGAGCCACACGGUUCCGGAGGCAUGGUGCACGCCUUUGAUUCUGCCAAGUGGAGGCAUAUUCAUCUUCGAGGAUGACUCCACAACCACCCUCCACGCCAGGGUCACCUUCAAGUUGCCUUGCGAGAACCCGAAUCCAAUCAUAAGCCCUGAUACCACUGGUAACUCCUCGGUCGUCGGCUUCUCCAAUCCCUUCUAUGCUUCCAUAUCUCCCCAGAUAUUUGCUCUUGCCACCGCGACCGUCAUCAGCUACAUUCUCGUCAUUCUCAUCUUCAUCACGCCGAGGACGUUCUAUCUCGGAGGGCCAGGAGGAGGCACGCGAUUUCUAGGUCGACGCGGCAUAAUAACAGGAUCUUAUGGCUCAUCAUCUGUGGUGGGUGUGGGACGAAGGCCUCUCCUCCAAAAGAUCGCGACGGUCACUGUGGCCAUAUCCCUCACAAUUGCGACGGCCGACACUUUCAAUGUCGCCGAAAGGCAAUAUAAUCAAGGCUACAUCGACUCGAGUCAGCUGGUUGACAACGUCGUUGAUAGCCUGGAGAUCCGGAUCAUUCGGGUCAUAUCCGACACUUUCUUGUGGCUCGCUCAGGUACAGACCUUGAUACGAUUAUUUCCUCGGCAUAAGGAGAAGGUUACCAUUAAGUGGCUUGGUUUUGCCAUGGUCAGCUUUGACACCAUAUUCAGCAUCUUAGACUCUUUUGUCAGCGGCAGCCCCAGGACACGGCCCAGGAGUUUCUCGGACGCCAUUCCUGCCCUCAACUACCUGUUUGAAUUGGCCAUCUCUCUAAUCUAUGCGUCCUGUGUGGUUUACUAUUGCCUGUCGAAAAGGCGGUUCGCGUUCUGGCAUCCGAAAAUGAAGAAUAUAUGUUUGGUCGCCCUGCUAUCCCUCAUUUCCGUGGUAAUUCCUGUGGUGUUCUUCAUUCUCGAUAUAUCGCAGCCCGAUCUGGCGGGGUGGGGCGAGUAUAUCCGAUGGGUUGGCGCCGCAGCUGCAAGUGUCGUCGUUUGGGAAUGGGUGGAGAGAAUCGAGUCUCUGGAACGGGAUGAAAGAAAGGACGGUAUUCUGGGACGUGAAAUCUUUGAUGGCGACGAAAUGUUGGACAUGACUCCAUCAGAGGAUGCCAGCUGGCGUGGAGACCUGGGACCAGACCAUGGCGGUGGUGGGGGCAAGGGUAUGGGUGAAAGAAUGGCGUCUCAGUAUCGGCGGGUUCGUGGUCGGCUUCCACUACGCAAACGGAGAAAACGAGUGCCAUCAGACGGCAUUACUACCGGCGCGGAUGCUAUGGGCGCAGCCGGCCACGCCAUCCCCGGGUCGCAAUUUGUGAUACCUCAGCAAACAACGACGCCCCCCAAUCGAAGCGAUACCGGAAGUGCUACCAGCACCGUCUAUGCUGUACGAUACCACAAUCCCGCAAGUCCACCGCCGAAUCCACAACCAGAGCUGCGUCGUGAAGGAGGCGGCCACACCAAUGGUGACGCCCCGAAAGAUUCAGACGACUCCAGCUCUUCUCCAGCUGGUGCAGACAAAGAAUUGGCACUGCAAACUGUGGCCCGCACAUUGGCGGCGUCGCAAGGCCGUAAUCUUUGGCAAGCUGUCCAAAAUCCAUUCAAAAGACGCAGGUCUGAACCGCCAGCAGAGGUGGCUGAUGCCCAAAAUGCUAGUGGCGUACGACGGUCCCCCAUUGAUCGCACGCUAAAUCUGCGGGACCGAUUGGGAGCGUUUGCGUCUACGCAAAGAGAGCGAUUUGGUGCCCGCGGCAAUACUGCCGCCGCUUCCCUGCCUAUCACGGUCAUACCGGCGCCGAGAACCAAUGAACGGACUUGGUCUCCUGAUGAUGUCCAAGGUAUUCCGAUUGAGGAAGGCUCUGUUCGAAUGGCGAAUACGGACCCAGCAUUGCCCGGGCAGGCAUUCUAUGGAAGAGAGCAGGUUCCGGGCCAGGUGGUCUUCAUUCCAGCACCCACAAACGGCCGAACCUGGUCUCCCGAUGACGCACAUCUAGACGUUCCGUCAACCCCAGUACCUGUGCGGCCCGAUGCUGUGGCCUUGCGCCACCCGGCCUCAACCUUUGGCCAGACUCACUCUCCUCAACAGAUAUAUACGCCUAGAGGUUCGCUGAUCAUCUCCGAGAGUGACCCCAGACCGAGCCGAGUGAUUGAUGCUUCUCACCCGACUUCGCCGAGGUCCGCGACCUAUGCGCGCCCUCCAGCGGUUGCACCGAUCGCGGAGGAUGCAUCGAACGAGGCUGGCAGUGAGAUCCCAACCCAGGUAGCAGUGACAAGCCCGGCUGCUCCGGCUCCAGCCCCGUCGAGCGGAGAUGCUGAAAGAGAACCCCCUGUUUCUGGAAAUAUUCGUCAUUCAUCUUCACGGUCUGUUCAAGCGGCACAGGCUCCUUGUGACUCAUCCCAAAAUCUGACGAACGCCGAAGCCACGGAGAGCGAUGGAAGAGACACAGGGGGCACAGGAUCAACCUCGAAAUAG